AUGGCCUCCAACACCCCAAGUACUUUCAACCAGGAACUCUCGGCGUCUGAUCCCCAAUUCGAGUCGCUCAUCAGUCGAGCACUCGACAAUUUCUUUCGUCAUGUUCAUCACAUCCCCAUGCUCUCAUUCCUACAUCGUGCUUCACUCAUGCAAAGGCACCACGCCGGUGGUCUAGACCGACCACUGCUGCUCGCUCUCAUCGGCAUCACGAGUAUGCUCACCGACCUGGGGCCAGGCACGAAAGAGUAUGGUGAGAAGUGUGUCGAUGAAUCCGAGGCAUUGAUUCUGAAAAGCUUGGAGAACCCCUCAACCAUCAAGGUUCAGACACUCGCCCUCAUAAUCAAAUACCGCAUCUUGACUCGGCGCUUCUCCAGCGCCUUUGUACUCGCCGCCACCGCUGCGAGAUUUGCCAUGGCACUGCGUCUUAAUCACGAGAACAGCGACUUGUGCUUCUUGGCUCAGGAAUCAAGACGUCGCCUCAUGUGGGCGUUGUUCAUGAUCGACCAGGGCAUGGCCGGCGGAUACCGAGAUCUCACCUUGUGGUCUCCCGAGCUCAUCCAUAUCCCGCUUCCAUGCAACGAGCGAGACUUUGAGUUUGAUCUCGCACCACCUUCGAUGCGAAGCUUGGUUCCUCAGCCCGACGAGUCCGAGAACGACGACAUCGGCAGCCUCGCACUUCACGUACGUAUCCUCUGGGUUCGCGGCCGGAUCUUGAAGUUUGCCAAAAGAGCGGCGGCCUGCUCCAACGACGAUGACCUGGCUCGCAUGCGUGAUCAGCUGCAAGCAUUUGCCAAGGAGCUCUCAGAGUUCGCCGAAAGAUUGCCCGUAUCUUUCCGGUGGUCCGAUAACAGCCUGCGGCUGCGAGCGUACUCGCCGCGACUCUGCGUGUUCAUCAUGAUUCACAUCUGGUGGCGACCCGACUUUAGCGCCCAAUGUCAACGGCAAUGCUUCGAACAUGCCCUGGAGAUGUCCAACAUGUUUACCUCCAUUAAGCAGUUGGACCACUACCCUGUAGCAGACUUGGAUAUGCCUGUCUGUGCUUAUCAGUGUGUCCGCAUGCUAUAUUAUAUCUACCAUCUCAACGCGGAGGAGUAUGGUCUCACCCCUGACGUCCUCCGGAAGAAGGCUUCGAUCUGUCUUGACGUCACUAAGGGUUGUUGUUCCGGAACAGCAGCAAACGCAAUUCAAACCGAUCUACAGCGUCUCAUGGACCACGGUCUCUCAAUACAGGCCACGCCUAGCCGACUGGUCAGUGAAGAACCGCAUGACGAGAGAAACGGAAACGGGCCGAAGCGCGUAUCGCGACUGGGCCGGGCGAAGCAAGUGCAGCUCGUGGAUGAUCCGGACAGCGGUGCGCCCGCCGCCGACGAGCUCACCAAUCGGCCUUUUGGCAUCGGUGCCUGGGAAGACAUUCAAGUCGUCGAGUCGGACAAGCCGGACGAGGAGAUGUUGCCGGCGCCGCCGCCCGCUGGACCUGGCUCACUCGAGGUCAACAACGCUUUCGAGGGCGCGUUGGACAGCCUUGACUUUAACAUGGAGCCCAUGGGUCUAGAAUCCCUUGCUUGGUUCUCCAACGAGUGGUCUCAAGGAGACUUUCAGGACUUUCAAUGA